AUGGAGACCAAGGCGAUUAGGGUUUUUCUCUUCGCUCUCCUCCUCAUUGCAGCCCCUUUCCUCCAAGUCGCCAGGGGUCAGUCUGAUUCGGAAGUGGAUACUUCUGAAACCGUAGAAGAAAGCAGUGAUCUCGGGAUUGUUGGCGAGGAUGUACAAGAUUUUGGAGAUGGAAAUUUUAGCCCAGCUCCCGGUGUUGAUACGAUCUGUGUCUUCCCCAAAAACAGCGCUAAAUCGGUGACUGCAGGGGAAGAGACUGAACUACUGGUUGGACUGAAAAAUGAUGGGGAGUCAAGCUUGAAUGUGAUUGCAAUCAAAGCCAGUGUCCAUCUCCCUUUUGAUCACAAUCUGCUGGUCCAGAAUCUUACUGCACAGACUUUUAACAAUGGGUCAGUUCCAGCUUCGGCUCAGGCUACUUUCCCAUACAUAUUUGCUGUCAGCAAGUUCUUGCAGCCUGGAACUUUUGAUCUUGUGGGUACCGUAUAUUAUGAGAUAGACCAGCAACCAUACCAGAGCACCUUCUACAAUGGUACCAUUGAAGUUGUUGAGGCUGGUGCUUUCCUGAGCAUUGAAUCUGUUUUUCUUGUCACACUUGGAUUUGCCCUUCUUGUCCUCCUUGGUCUAUGGAUUCAUGGCCAAAUACAACACCUUUCCAAGAAAACUAAGAGGGCUCCCAAGGUGGAAGUUGGAACCAGGGCUACAGAUGCAUCAAUGGAUGAAUGGCUUCAGCCCCCUACUUUUUUGCCCAUCUGCCCUUAUGCUUCCGCAGUUUUGGAACCCCACCAUCACGCGCAUAUGCAGGGGGUGAAGCCGCACUGCACGUUACUGUCAUUUUCUUCUCCCCUAAACGUAAGGUCAUCUAAAAAGAGAGGGUCCCUAACCUCAUGUGAAGCCCUUAACUUCAGUGUCGGUGUGCCUUUAAAUCAAAACCUUAAGGACACUAUAUAUAACAAUGCUUAUUUUUACUCUCUGUCAAGAAGCACUUUUGCAGAAGUGCUUCUUGUUGUCUUUGCUUUUUGUGAGCUUUGUUAUGCUGAACAUAAGACAGUUGAGGUAGUUGGGGUUGGAGAAUGUACUGACUGUGCUAAAAAUAGCAUUAAGACUAGCCAGGCCUUUUCAGGUCUUCAUGUGACAAUUGACUGCAAGCCAGCAAAUGGGCACUUCAAAACAAGAGGGUUUGGGGAGCUCAAUGAAGAGGGAAAGUUCAUGGUGUCCCUUCCCAAGGAGAUUGUAAAAGAAGGAGAUGAUGAACUAAAAGAGGAAUGUUAUGCCCAACUUCACAGUGCAUUGGCUGCACCUUGUGCUGCCCAUGAUGGCCUAGAAUCUUCCAAGAUAGUCUUCAAGUCCAAGACUAGUGAAGGAAAACAAACCUUUGGAGUGGCUGGUGGCAAACUUAAAUUCUCACCAGUAACAUGCACUUCUGCCUUCCUUUGGUCUCACCCGCUUCCCAAAUUGCCACCUUUAAUUUUGCCUCCAUUUCCCAAACCACACCCGCUCUUUGGGACACCCAUUCCCUACAUUCCCACCCAAGUUCCAAUUUACAAGAAGCCUCUUCCUCCACCAGUUCCAGUUUACAAGAAGCCUUUGCCUCCUCCAGUGCCAAUCUACAAGAAACCACUUCCACCAAAACCACCAAAGCAAGUUUGUCCACCAGUUCCUGUGUUCAAAAAGCCACUUCCACCACCAGUCCCAAUAUACAAAAAGCCACUUCCACCACCAGUCCCCAUAUACAAGAAGCCACUUCCACCACCAAAGCCACUUCCACCACCAGUCCCCAUUUACAAGAAGCCACUUCCACCACCAGUCCCCAUAUACAAAAAACCACUUCCACCACCAAUCCCCAUAUACAAGAAGCCACUUCCACCACCAAUCCCCAUAUACAAAAAGCCACUUCCACCACCAGUCCCCAUAUACAAGCCACUUCCCCCACCAGUCCCAACUUUCCAAAAGCCACUUCCACCUCCCAUCCCAUUUUACAAGCCAAAGCCACAUCCAUUCUUUAAGCCUCUCCCUCCAUUGCCAAAGAUUCCACCAUUCUUCAAGAAACCCCCACUCCCACCACUCAUUCCUAAACACCCUCUUCUUCGCAAGCUUCCUCCUAUCCCCAAAAUCCACCCAAAAUAUUACCCCACCCAAAGCCCAAGUUUCCUCAUAUUCCCAAAAUCCCCCAAAAUAUUACCCCCACCCAAAGCCUAA